GCAAGCUAAGGUUUAAUUAAUUUGUUUAUUGGAUCCGAAGAAAUUGAAAUGGGUUGGAGUUCAGGCGAACCAAGAGCAAACAAUAAUGGGUUUAAUGGCGGUUUAAUUUUCCGGGAGGCUUUUCAGAUGCUCACCACUACCCUCCUCACCCUUCUCCUUCCCCUCUCCUUUCUCAUUCUCGCCCGGCUAGCCAUUGCCCGCGCUAUCGCGGGAGGCGUUUCCGUUUCCGUUUCCGUUUCCGUCCACCCCUACACCUCACUCUUAGUCGACCUCUUCCUUAACUCCAACGCCACUCUCCUCCACGCGCUGCUUCCAUUACUCGCGAUUGCAACGCUCACUCACGCCUUGAACGCCCGCCUCACCUUUGUCAAGUCUCAGGCGCCCGUAGUAGUCUCCGGGACGCGCCUCUACACGUGCUGGGUUCUGCUUUGCACCUUGCAGGUCUGUGUUGGGUUGGGGAUUGAAGGGAGCAUAGCUGCUAAUGUAGUCGGUGUUUCUUCGCUUCUUAAUGUUAACCGCCAGAGAAGUUUGUUAAGUAGGGCUCUGUUCUUCCUGGGGCUGCAUCAGACUAUGCUGUUCUGGUCCAAGACGGUGGUGAAGCCGGUGGUGGACGACACCAUCUUCGGGUUCUCCAGACGAGAUAGGUGGGUUGACAAGGCGGCGAUGGCCGCCAGCUUCGGCGGUUUGUGGUGGUGGAAGUUGAGGGAAGAGGUGGAGGCGCUCGUGGUUGUGGCUGAGGUUAAGAGAGAUCUGUCAAUGGGCGUUGGGGUGGCUGAUUUUGUCGGAUGGUGGUUGUAUUACCUAACUAUAACCAUUGGUAUGGUUAAGGUGGUCAAAACUGUGAUUUGGCUCCCGCUGAUUUUCUUUUGCAGGAGAAUACACCAGGAUGCUAAUACUGUUUCUCUUCGCAAUUGGAGGAUUAAUGAUAAUGUCUGAAAAAAUAAAAAACAUUUUUGUUUUUGUUUUGUUCUGUUACUCCCUGUUUUUUUAAAUGGAAAUUAAGAUCGUUCAUGUGACCUUGUAAAUGUUAUCUUUUAAUAGAUAUAAUAUAUUUGUUAAUG